AUGCUCGUCAAGGUUCUCUUCGCUAUCGCCGCGCUCGCCGCCACGGCCUCGGCCACCCCCCGCCCUCUCAGCGUCCCUCGCGUCAAGCGCCAGAACGGGUGCGAGCUCGUCUGUACUGGCACCAGAAUUUGCGUUGAUCCCGGAUGGACGUGCUGCUUGAACGCCGGCGGCGGUAUCAGCCACAGCUGGAUCCCCGGCGGCACGAUCACCGACGUCUCGACCAUCAUCGAGUCGACUUCGUCGACGACGACGACCACCACCACUCAGUCGACGACGACGACGUCGUCGGCCGAGUCGACCACCACCACCACGACUUCGUCCGCCGAGUCGACCACCACCACGACCACGCCCGCCCCCGAGUCGACCUCCACCACGACCACGACGCAGUCGCCCACCGCCGCCCCCGUCGAGCCGUCCUCGUCUACCACCACCGCCGCGCCGAGCAGCAAGACGUGCAAGCCCAAGCACAAGAAGAACUACCGCAAGCGCGACUUCUAA